GGUACUUUCUGAAUCUACAGUUGCCUUCCUGCGCCACUGAGCAUCUCUCAUAGGAAUGAACGGAGUCCCGCCUCCAGUUCUCUUUAUACAUCCAUGCCUGAAACCAGAGAGCCGGUGGGAGGAAGGGAAGCGGCUGUUGUACCCUGGGUACUAUCGUUAUUAGAAACCGUUACCGCUGUCAUUUCCCCAAGGAAGUAAAUAGGGGACGUUUAUUCUCAACUGGCGUUCUCCAUCUUUGAAGGGAAACCGAGAGGUGUGGAGUAAUGAGAGUGGGGGAGAGAAGGAGGCAGGACUCCCAGUAGAACAUUGGCAGCAAAGUUGAAGGCCAAGCAACGAUGCUGGAGGCGGAUGCAGACGCAGCAGGUGCAGCAGAAGAGAGAGAGGAGGCCGAGAUGGGGAGCGGAGACUAUACGUCUGAGAUGAGGCGGCUGAAUCUGGAGCUCCAGGAGGCCACGGAGGAGAAGCUCCAGGCAGCGCGCUAUGGCCUGGAGGUGCUGGAGGAGAACUCUGCUCUGAAGAUGAAACACAGGCAGCUGGAAGAGGAGCACGAAGUCCUCAAAGGGGAGCUGCUGCAACUCAGAGCGGCAUUUUCAGAUUCUGUGAGCAGCCAGAAGCGUGCAGCUGCCGAUGGAGAGUGUCGGGAGGAGAACCUGAUGCAGGAGACGGCCACUAUGGAGGCCGCCUUGACAACUCGCAUGGAUGAAGUCCAGGCAGAGCUCAAACAAGCACGCCUUGCUCUGAGCAAUGCACAUGCAGAGAUCGAUAGACUGGGGGUGGUCUCCACCCAGCUAAAGAAGGAGUGUGAGUGUCUAGAUGCCGAAAAGGGCCAUCAGAGGGACGAGAUGAAGGAAUACAAAGUACGUGAGCAGCGCCAGUUGCAGGACAAUAGCGAGCUAGAGGAGGAGAACACCUCUCUGCAAAAACAGGUGUCCGUGCUCAAGGAGAACCAGGUGGAGUUUGAAUCGAUUAAGCUAGAGAUGACCCAUAAGAACGAGGAGCAGGAGGAGCUGCGAGCUCAGAUGGAGGAGACGGAGCGGCUGAGGGAGAUCUUGGAGAGGCAGCUGGACGAGGCCCUGGACUCCCUGAAGGAGGAGAGGGAGCAGAAGAACUGUCUGCGGCGGGAGCUCUCCUCCCUGACCCUCAACCCCUUUGAGUCCAUGGGGAACCUGGAGCUCCACCUGGAUCAGCUGGAUGACAGCCAGGAGGAGGGCCAGGGGGGUGAGGGGGGAGUGGACCAGGACAGCGCCAUUAACAAUGGUCCUGGCUCUGCUCCCAAUUCUGCUCACCCUCCUCACUCGGGGGGCUCCAAAAAUAACGGCCAUAUCCGACGCUACUCAACUCCGCGCAGCAGCAUGGCGUUCCCCCGCGCUCCGGCCUCGGGGCUGGUGUCCGACCUGCUGAGUGAGCUACACUUCUCAGACAGUCAGAAACUAAAACAGCAACUCCUGCAGGCAGAACGAGACAAGUCCAGUCUGGCCAGCAAGGUGGAGGACCUGCAGCUCCAGCUGGUGAUGUCCAAACAGGCUCUCAGUCAGCAGGCGGACAAAGUGGGAUCUCUUACCCAGCAGCUGGAGGAGGUGCAGAGCAGCCAGCGGCCCAACGGCGGAGAAGAAGACAAAGGAAACGGAGACGAAGCACAGUUUGAUUAUGAGGUGGACACCAAGAGCAAGGAGGUGCUGGAGUCCCGCAUGCGCUCCGCCAGCGACGACCUCCUGAAGCUGAGAGAUGAACUGUCUCAGGCGGGGACGCGUUACAACACCCUGGAGCACCGAUACAAGCAGGAGAAGGACCGCUGGAGGGCCGAGGCUCAGGACCUGGCCGACAAGAUCCGCCUUUGCAUCAAAUCCAGCAAGCAGGACGAGGACCGCAUCAGUGAGCUGCAGAAGGAGAUCGGAGCCACGCGGAAAGUGGCCAUCGAUUCAGAAGGGCACCUGAGCGUCGCCCAGGAAGAGCUGCUGGCUUUCUCCGAGGAGCUGUCCAACCUCUACCAUCACAUCUGCGUGUGCAACAACCUGACGCCCAAACGAGUCACGCUGGAUUUUUACCGGGAAGCACGGAGAGCUCACCUCAUCUACCCCCAGCACGGCGCCCAGAAGAAGCCGCGAGCGAACGACAUGUUCAACUCCAAAGCCUCGGUGCUGCAGUUCAUGGGGGAGGUGGACAGCGCGGGAACCAGCUCAGACUCUCCCGCAUGUCCUGGAUCCCCGACCCUGGACUUCAGGGACCCUUCAAAUGUCUGCAACUUGGUAGCCGUCAUCCGGUGCCAGAUCAAACACCUCCGGGUGGCGGUGGACCUGUGCCGUCAGAGGGGCGCGAUGCCGUACUCGGGGUUCAGCGACAGCGGAGAGUCGGAGCGAGACGCUGAGAGCCUCAUGGAGGAAGUCCUGAAACUCAAGUCUCUCCUCAGCACCAAGAGAGAACAGAUCGCUACGCUCAGGACCGUGCUGAAGGCCAACAAACAG